UACUGUAAGCGCUGUAGGUGUGCGCAACAAUCGUCGAUCGUCGCCGUGCGUCGCAUCCCGCCUCAGUCAGUAACAGGCGUUCCAAGAUGGAAGGGCUCGGUGCGUACGGUGGCGGCAAGGCUGGCGGCGCAUUCGAUCCAAUAACGUUCGUGCAGCGGCCCCAAGUGAUCCUCCGAGCCGUCUGCUGGCUAUUCUCGAUCAUUGUCUUCGGCUGCAUAUCCUCGCAAGGCUGGCAGCUGAACCCGACAACCAACAAGGAGGUCUGCCUAUACAACGGCGACGCUAAUGCAUGCAACUAUGGUGUGGGCAUCAGCGUGAUUGCCUUCCUCGCUAGCAUGGGUUUCAUCGCCGGGGAGUAUCUCUUCGAACAAAUGUCCUCGGUGAAGACACGCAAGCACUACGUGCUUGGCGACAUGGGCUUCUCAGGAUUUUGGGCUUUCUUAUACUUUGUUGGAUUUUGGUAUUUGGCUAGUCAAUGGGGCAAGGCACCCGCGCCUAUCGGCGGAUACGGCGUCAAUAACGUCCAGGCAGCUAUCGCUUUCUCUUUUUUUUCAAUUUUCACCUGGGCCGGCUGUGCCUUGCUGGCGUUCCAACGAUUUCGACUCGGCCAUGACUCCGCAUUUGCUACGAACUUCGAGACAGACACCUCGAUGCCAACUGCGUACCCUUCGUACCCCGGGGGGCCGGACGACAACCAGUACCAGGAGCCGCCAUUUUCCGGCGGCGGCGGCGGUGGUGGCGGCAUGAAUCAGCGUGCUGCUGGGGACUUCUCGGCGCCGUCGUACUAAGCAGCGCAGCGAACACGUAAUGUAACAAAGAAACAACUGCCUCAAUACCUGAUUUUAAUUGGUCUUUAAACGGGAACCAUCACACGUUCGAAACAACCACUAAAACAACACCAUUCCUUUCUUUUCGUGUGUUCGCGGGAGCGAUGGUUUCGUUUCAUGCAUGCAUCCCGCAUAAUUGUUGAGAGUAUAACUUUAUUGAUGUACAGCUACACAUUAACCAGAUGAACGAUAUAAAUAUAGAUACAUGUAUAUUUCCGGCAUUCGGACCUGUCUCGCGAAAGUGCGAUGAAUGCCAAAUUCUGCAUUCAUGUCCACUGAUGAUAUUACGAGGCAGGCUCAAACUAGAACUUUCGAUACGGAAAUUCUCCGAGCAGCAUGCAAUCGAUUAAAUUUAUCAUCGCCAAGCUUACCCGUAGACAAAAUUGCAGCAGACGCAUUAACAGCCUAUACUAAGUAGAAAAGCGUAGAAAUCGUGACCACCAAGGGGUCGUGACAAAAGCGCGUAUGUUUUGCGUUUAUUUCUCGUCCGCGUUCUUUUAUUUCUGCAGCACUGCAGCAAUCGAUGUACGCGCCGUGGAAAUCUUGAUACUCUUAGUGCUUGCAAUAAUCAUUUACAAACAUUUGUUGAUUGCAUCGAGUUAAUGUAUGCACACGGAUCCGUCGUUUGUUUAUUAUGUGAUUACUUUAUUGAAUAUUUGAGACUAUUUUAAUUGUGAUAUGUUAACCAAAAUAGAAACUACUUACUCGUAGAAUGGGAACAAACGUAAAUUGAUCUGUUUUUGUUUAUUAUUGUAUUCGACGUAGGAAUGAGUAGGUUUAUUCUGUGCUAGUCUACAAUCGGCUCAAUAUUUGGGGUCUAGUUGCAUUUUAUUCGAAGCUCGAUUUCAUGUUAGUGCCACGAUAAUUGUGAACGUAAUACUAUUGGUUAACGGGAAUCAUGUUAAUGAUGAAACAAAUGCAAAAAUGAUGAAAUGCUUUAAUCCCUAUGGCAAAUACUAAAGCAUAUUCUCUUAAAAUGUAUUAUAUAUUAGAUGCAAAAAGAAAAUGGAGUAAAAUAUAUUGUGCUAGCUAACUAAAUGAUUAUUACUAGAGGUGAAGCUGAAAUUCAGCGUACGGCCGGCACUGGUCGCGAAGAGGAUACCAAAUGUAAUAAUGUAUUAUGUAACAAUACAAUGUAGGAACAAUAAUGUCGACGCCCCCUCCCCAAGUUUGAGUGUUUAUUUAGUCGAUGCAUUACCCAUUAGCAAUAACAGUUCUUGAAGAUAAGCAUUGAUAUUAUUGAUUGACGAGUCUGUCUGUAGGCGUAUUUUUUCGAGCAUUUAGCGAAUUUUAAUGAAAACUUGUACAGUACUCACGGUACUUAAAUGUUAUUCAAGACUAGUUAAGACGCCGUCACGAAAUCAAGCAACGUAGUCGCCUACAUUUGGAGAAGUACGCACGACCGUUAUAUGCAAGAAUCAAACGCAAAAAAAGCAGCAAUGGUUGGAUCAGCGAAAGCAAUGUAUUUAGUUCUACUACACUUGACGAAGGUUGAAAACCACGCAAGGCAUCAUUGUAAACGAAAAGACUUCUUCAGAUAUUUGCGCCAACACACGCAACGCAAAUGAAUAUCAUCAGAAUAUGUAUCAAUCUGAGAAACGUAAUAUCACUACGACGGUUUCGAUGCGGAUGGCCAUUCGAACACACACAAUACAAAAUGAUAACAUUUACAACCAUGAAGGGAUACUUUUCGAAUUGUAUUUUGUAUGAUAGUAUUCUAUUGUAUUGAAUGUACUACAUAUUAUAGUAUACAAAGAGGGUGUGAGGAACGCAUACACGCAACUUACAAACAAAACGACAACCAAGCUAAAUUUACACCAGUUCACAGUUAAUGCUGUACCGAUAUCCGCAUGGAGGACAUAGUACGACGUGACACUGAAUUGUAACUAAACAAACAGAAAUUUAUGAAGAUAUAUUGUAUUAAUGAGAUGUAAGGGGAUGUGUAUAAGUUACCAAUAAAUGUUAAUCAGUAAAUUA